AUGGACAUUCAGACACUACAAUGGUCCACAGUAGCCAGUCUACCUCUUCCUCUCUGGCAGGCUACAGCCACCAUCUGUGGGGACAGACUCUAUAUUGGUGGUGGGUUUAGUACUGGUGGGAGUUCAACCAAGUCAGUGGUAAUGUGUGAGGUGAAAGACCUCCUCCAGUCACAGCCACAGUCACUAGCCACCAGACUACUACGUCCCUCCAGUAGUCCUCCAGUUUGGAAAAAAGUUACUCCACUUCCAGUGAUAUUCUCUUCUCUCGUCACCUUCCAGGGCCAGCUACUGGCAGUAGGAGGAUCGACUACAAGGAGAUAUGCUGACUCCACAUCUGACGUGAUGCAAUAUGAUGCAACCACCAACUCUUGGAAAGUAAUCAGCCAGAUGAAGCUGAAGCGAAACUACUUUUUGCAUCAUUUCUUCCUACCCAGCACACUGAUGGUGUGCGGAGGAGACACACCAGAUGGACGCACAGCUUCUGUUGAAGUAGCUUCUCUUUGA